AGUAAUACGUAAUAGGAUUGAUCGAUCUAUGGAUUAUUUUCGGUCGAAGCUCUCGGCGUCCUUUCUCAGUCGGUAAAUUAUGUCGGAACACGUUACUGAAUGCCAGGAUGAUUAUUAUAACGAGUGGGAAGUACAGAGGCGAAAGUCAAGUGCCAAGUGUAAUUAUUCAGUGUGAAUGCGCCUUUAGUUAUAUGAAUACAUAGUAUUAUAAACGGUCAGCGAAAGAUUUAGUACGUUCAAAUGUAAACGACUCUGACACCUUACAUCGAUCUUGUGAUAAAUGAUAAUUGAAGAUUUAUGGAGCGUCUCGUUAUCAUAACCUUAUCGGAUAUUGAUUAACAAUGAGGAUUAUUGUUAAAAUCUAAGAAGUAAGGCCGGACGCUGUGUAUGACACGGGAGCUCCACGGGCCCGUUGCUAUGAUCCCCCGUGAAUUCUUCCAGUGCCAUUUACAGAGUCCAAGCCUGAACGAUAAGAAGUUCUUGAAGAGAUCGUUGACAGCCAAUGUGAUUUCCUCUUGGGUUGAAAAUGGGUGUACCAUUUUGGUGUAAAAACUAUCACAGAUCUUCACAUGGCCUUGGGGUCGAAGACCAAAGAUUCAACACUUGCAGUUGCAUCGUUGGAGGUACGGAGGAACCGGUGAUAAUUGAAGUGGAGUUCAGAUGCGAGCUAGUCAACAGUUGGGAACGAAGUCUCACGAUGAAGAGAAUGCAGGAGUACCUUAACCAGUACAUAAUGGGAGCAGGGAGAGAGAGUUCCUUUCCCCUCCAUCUUUUACCUUCUUUCUAUUCUCUUUCCCCCACAGCCUCAGCGUCUUCCUCUCUCCUCUUUUUCCUCUUCCGUUCCGUAUCGAUGGCUCGUCCCGGAAGCGAGCACCCGCCAUCUUGGUGCACGGUUCUCCAAUUCUUCGCCACGGCUGUCUUUCAAAUUUCACCGCGCAAUCCAUCCGGAACUUUGAUCAUUCCCACGAUCCAUCCCACGGUCAGUCCUGCCAGCCUCCCAUCGGACUCCAUGAAAUCCAUCAUUCAGGAUUGCCCUUCGAUUCGCUGCACCAUCGUCAACGACCACCGGCUGGUUCUUCAGCAACCGCUGAACUUCACCGAGUAAUUCUGAAAACUUUGAACUUCCCCACUGAAGUGGAAUUCAAAUUGCUUCCUGGUACCAUGAAGUUCUCACUAUUGUUUGUAAAAUCUGGUACGAGCCGGUACCCAUGAUUCUUCUUCUUGCAUGAUUCUUCUUAGUGGUACCAGUUCCCAUGAGGUUCCUGAAGGUUACUCCGGUUCCCAGGAAGUACCGUGAAGAACAGUUCCGCUUCGCAGGAAUCUUAGAGCGGCCGCUGAACUGCAUCGGGACAGGAUGAACAGCUUAAUUAAUUGUUUUGAUCGAACCAACCGGUUCUACGGCCGAUAACAAAGAUAACGUUAACGAUAACAAUAAACACUCUGCAAAAGCUU